GGGAGAUAUCCUGCUUGCGUUGAAAACCGCGGGAGCGUGUUGUUUUGUUAAUGUUAUAAAGACAUGGGACCUAAACAAACGCCUUCCAAGCAGGGAAACACACUGUUUGCAUACUUUUCCAAAAGUCCAGUACCAACGAAAAGCAGUCAGUCGAAUGUGAAUGGAUCAGAUGUGCUGUCACAGAAGAAAUCACCAAACAAACCAGACGGCGCAACACCUGCGAAACAGCCGAAAAAACUAGUCGAAGUUCAAAGUUUCAAAGAAGGAGACAUCGUUUGGAGUAAAUUGUCUGGAUAUCCAUGGUGGCCAUCACUUGUCUGCUCACAUCCGACAGAAAAUACUCACGUAAAGCAGGGCAAGAACCCACAGUUUCAUGUUCAGUUCUUUGACACGCCCCCAACAAGAUCAUGGAUUAAAGCAAAGGAUAUCAUACCUUUCCAUGGUGCAGACCAUGAGGACUAUAAGAAAGGUGGCAAGUGCUACUCCCUAAACCCCAAAGUGAGGAAGGGAACAGAGGAGGCUGAUAAAGCCCUGAAGUUGUCGGUGGAGGAGAGGCUGAAGCUGGUGGUGGAUCUACAGCCGUCCAGCGACGAGGAGGAGGAGGAGGAUGAGGAUGACGAGAACAUGGAGAUUAAUGAUGGUAAUGAAAGUGAAGAAAUUGAGGCCGACAACAGUAAAGAAAAUAAAGAGAGUGAAGUGAAAUCCAAACAUAGAACAAGUAGACGGCCGGCAAAGAGAAGGCGUGUUGUAAUCGCCAGUGACAGCGGAGAAUCAGGUGAGAGAAGGCGUGUUGUAAUCGCCAGUGACAGCGGAGAAUCAGGUGAGAGAAGGCGUGUUGUAAUCGCCAGUGACAGCGGAGAAUCAGGUGAGAGAAGGCGUGUUGUAAUCGCCAGUGACAGCGGAGAAUCAGGUGAGAGAAGGCGUGUUGUAAUCGCCAGUGACAGCGGAGAAUCAGGUGAGAGAAGGCGUGUUGUAAUCGCCAGUGACAGCGGAGAAUCAGGUGAGAGAAGGCGUGUUGUAAUCGCCAGUGACAGCGGAGAAUCAGGUGAGAGAAGGCGUGUUGUAAUCGCCAGUGACAGCGGAGAAUCAGGUGAGAGAAGGCGUGUUGUAAUCGCCAGUGACAGCGGAGAAUCAGGUGAGAGAAGGCGUGUUGUAAUCGCCAGUGACAGCGGAGAAUCAGGUGAGAGAAGGCGUGUUGUAAUCGCCAGUGACAGCGGAGAAUCAGGUGAGAGAAGGCGUGUUGUAAUCGCCAGUGACAGCGGAGAAUCAGGUGAGAGAAGGCGUGUUGUAAUCGCCAGUGACAGCGGAGAAUCAGGUGAGAGAAGGCGUGUUGUAAUCGCCAGUGACAGCGGAGAAUCAGGUGAGAGAAGGCGUGUUGUAAUCGCCAGUGACAGCGGAGAAUCAGGUGAGAGAAGGCGUGUUGUAAUCGCCAGUGACAGCGGAGAAUCAGGUGAGAGAAGGCGUGUUGUAAUCGCCAGUGACAGCGGAGAAUCAGGUGAGAGAAGGCGUGUUGUAAUCGCCAGUGACAGCGGAGAAUCAGGUGAGAGAAGGCGUGUUGUAAUCGCCAGUGACAGCGGAGAAUCAGGUGAGAGAAGGCGUGUUGUAAUCGCCAGUGACAGCGGAGAAUCAGAUGAUGAAUUCAAGCCUCACUCGGAGGAGUCAUCAGAUGACGAGGCCAGUAGUGGUGUUAAUGAAGAUGAUAUUUCAGAACCAGAAUCUGUAUCAGAAGUAGAUUCUCCUGUCAAGAAAUCCAAAAAGUCAGAGGCACCCUCUAAGAAGAGAAAGAAACCAGAAAAGAACACAAAACCAUGGCGACCGAGUAAAGGAGGGAACGCUGAUUCUGACGAAGAUCCAGCAAAAGAAGCAGUUUCUCCUCCCACGAAUUUGUCUUCUCCGUCCACGAAUUUGUCUUCCCCAUCCACGAGCCGGCCGUCCUCCUCUACUCCAUUAGUUGGUGUAAAGACAAAAUCCAAACUGGCAUCAUUUGCUGCCAGUGAUCAGGACAUCAAACCUGUUCGUGGACCAGAGCAAGAAUCAAACUUUCCUCAUCUCAAGCUGGACUUCCUACAGCCAGAUAAGAUUAAGGAUGCAAAGAAGCGAAAUAAGGACCAUGAAGAGUAUGAUCCUAAAACUCUGUAUUUGCCGGAUUCCUUCCUGAGACAACAGACACCGGCCAUGAGACAGUGGUGGGAAUUGAAAUCCAAACAUUUUGAUGCUGUACUAUUUUUUAAGAUGGGCAAAUUUUACGAGUUGUUUCAUAUGGAUGCAGCUGUUGGUGUGAAUGAACUCGGAUUAAUUUACAUGAAAGGAGAUCAUGCCCAUUCAGGCUUCCCUGAGAUAGCAUACAGUAGAUAUGCAGACGCACUGAUAGCGAAGGGGUACAAGGUGGCCCGGAUAGAACAGACAGAGACCCCAGACAUGAUGACAGAGAGAGUCAAAAACAUGGGAGUUCCUGCAACAAAAUUUGACAAAGUGGUAAAGAGGGAGAUCUGUCGAAUCACUACCCAGGGAACCAAGACGUUUAACAUGAUGGACGGUGACAUUACUGAGGCCUCUAGUAGUUAUCUGCUGGCUCUCUGUGAGAAGGACACUGGGCAGUUUGGACAGAGCAUCUAUGGAGUAUGUUUCGUUGACACAACUAUUGGAAAAUUCCAGCUUGGACAAUUUACAGAUGAUAGGUACUGCUCGAGAUUAAGGACACUGAUUGCUCACUUUACACCUGUACAGGUACUAAUGCCAAGAGGGCGAGUAUCGGAGAAAACAACGAGCCUGAUUAAGAACAACCUGUCCUCAGUUCUGAAGGAGUACUUGCGACCUGACACUGAAUUCUGGGACAGCAGUAAAACUCUCAAAGUCCUCGCCGAGGAGGAGUAUCUGAAAGCCGAGGAUGAGGCGGUGUGGCCUGAUUGUCUCAAGAAGAUGAUGUCUGAUGGUGACACUCUUGGGGUGUGUGCUGCUGACGACUACACUCUGGCUGUGUCCUCGCUGGGGGCGGUCAUCUGGUACCUUCAGUACUGCCUGAUGGAUGAUGAACUCCUGUCCAUGAAGAACUUUGAGGAAUAUAUUCCCGUGGACUCCGGGAAAAUCACAUCAGAAGAAAAGUCAACUUUCAAGAAAAAUCAGCACAUGGUACUAGAUGGUCUGACCUUGAGAAACCUGGAUGUGGCAGACAUGUAUGGAGCCCAGGAAGGGACUUUGUUGUCCACUCUGAAUCUCUGCUGCACUCCGUUUGGUAACCGGUUAUUUAAGCAAUGGUUGUGUGCGCCUCUGUGUAACCCUGCCUCCAUUAACGAUCGACUCAAUGCUGUGGAGGAUUUGAAUGCUGUUCCUGAAGUUAUGUCCGAGGUUACAGAGAUGAUCCGGAAACUUCCAGACCUCGAACGCAUCCUCAGCAAAUUUCACAGCCUUGGAUCUGCAGCUCGCAGUAAAAAGCACCCAGACAGUCGGGCCAUUUUCUUUGAUGAAGCAAAAUACAGUAAGAAGAAAAUAGAGGAUUUCCUCUCAACAAUAGAAGGAUUUAAAGUGGCCCAAAAAGUAGCCAAGAAAUUUCAGUCUCAUGUUGAUGACUUCACGUCAAACCUUCUGAAGUGGACUAUGACAACGGACUCUGCUGACAGUAAAGGUUUAUUCCCUGACUUGAAGGAGGAGUUACAGUUCUUUGAUAAUGCUUUCGACCAUUCAAAGGCGAAAAAAGAUGGAGUGAUUUUACCUAACAAAGGGGUGAGUCCUGAAUAUGACUCUGCUAAGGUAGACUUGAAGGCGGCUGAGAGGGGACUGGAGGAAUACUUAGACAGGCAGCGUCAGAGGCUCGGGUGUAGGACAUUAACCUACUGGGGUUCAGGAAAAAAUCGAUACCAGAUCGAGGUUCCGGAGAGCAUUCUGAAAAGGGUCCCUGAUGAGUACAAUCUGAUGUCUUCCAAAAAAGGAACCAAGAGAUACCGCACCAAGGAGAUAGAAGACCAGCUGGUGGAUCUAACAGAGGCAGAGGAGCGUAAAGAUGCUGCCCUUAAAGACACCAUGAGGAGACUGUUUUAUAGCUUUGAUGAAAGGUACAAAUUGUGGGAUACAGCCUUGCAGUGUCUAUCUGUGUUAGAUGUGUUGAUGUCCCUGGCCAAGUAUGUUGGUUCUGCAGAUGGGGUAACCUGUAGACCAGAGAUUCUAGAACCAACAUCUGACACCGAGCCAUUUAUAGAGAUUAGAGAGGCCAGGCAUCCCUGUGUCACCAGGACGUUUGGUGGAGGCGACUUUAUUCCCAACGACACAGUCAUCGGGAUCGCUGAUGAACUAGACACAGAGGAGGAAGGAGAAAAGAACGACAACAGUAAAAUUGUCUUGGUAACAGGUCCAAACAUGGGAGGUAAAUCCACUCUCAUGAGGCAGGUGGGAUUAAUCACCAUUAUGGCUCAGAUGGGCUGUUACGUUCCUGCUGAGAAAUGUCGAUUAACUCCCAUAGAUAGAGUGUUCACAAGGCUCGGAGCUAGCGACCGAAUCAUGUCAGGGGAAAGCACAUUCUUCGUUGAAUUGAGUGAAACUUCAGCUAUUUUGCAGCAUGCUACCACACAUUCACUAGUUCUAAUAGAUGAACUGGGUCGAGGAACGGCUACCUACGAUGGAACAGCUAUUGCCUGUGCAGUGGUGAAGGAGCUCUCGGAGAACAUUUGUUGCAGGACGCUGUUCUCCACCCACUAUCACUCCCUGGUGGAGGAAUUCUCUCACGAUCCAAACAUCAGACUAGGCCAUAUGUCCUGUAUGGUGGAAGACGAGGGUGAUCCUACAGAGGAGACUAUCACAUUCUUAUACAAAUUUGCAAAAGGAGCAUGUCCAAAAAGUUACGGCUUCAAUGUUGCUCGACUUGCUGACAUUCCUGAUGAGGUUGUAAAGGAGGCCAGGGAAAAAGCAAAAGAAUUUGAAAUGGCUGUAGAACGAAAGAAAUUGUUCAGGUCAUUGUUCAAAGAUGAUUCCAUUGAGAAUAUCAAGAGGAUACAACAGCUUCUCCCGGGGGUACUAUAGCGAUCUGAUUAAUAUAGACCAGUUUGUGGGGCAAUGUCUCACCUCCUGGGGUACUAUAGCGAUCUGAUAAAAAUAGACCAGUUUGUGGGGCAAUGUUUCACCUCCAUAGGUUGUAUUAGAAUCUAAUAUUACAUGUGUAUCAGUUCAGACUAGAGGACAUGCAGGGAUGUGUUUAAUUUUCGCUGAAUGCAGGAAUGUGUUUGAUUUUCACUGAAAGUGACUGGACAUGCAAGAUCUAACAAGAAAUCUCAAAAACUACAGUGUGGCAGCAACUACUAGUGAUAUAAAUUCAAGACCUGACCACAAAUACAUGCACAAUUUAUUGUGAACAAAUGCAUUGUUUUGAACUCUUACUGUGUAACAAAAUACCAUUUUACAGUAUUCUCCAUUCAUAUUUCAUAGUUCAUUUAUUGAUCAUGACAAGAAUUUAUUUUGUUUUUAGAGAAGAAUAAAUUGUUACUUGUUUUCUACUUGUUGUAUAGCUGUAUUAAAAUAACCACAAUGACAAUUGUUAA